AUGGCUCCGCUCCGCUCCCUCCCCUCUCCACGUGCCCGACCUAGCCCCGCCCCGCUCCCUCAUCCGUCGAGCCACGCCGGCGUCCCCCUCCCCACCAUGACGGCCUCCGACGCGCCCUCUGGCUCCGGCAGUGACUCCGGCUCCUCGACGCGCUCCUAUCGCGACGUCGCGAGCAGCGCGUCCCCGCAUCCGCGCCACGCUCCGUCCGGCCCCUUCGCGCCGCCGGCCGGCGGACCUGCAGCUCGCGUCCUCGCGCAAGCCCGUCUUGGCCCGCGCUCCGAGGUGCACCGCGUGCGCGGCGGGCGCCCAGGUCGACGCCGACGGUUUCCAGCACCCUCGGCGACGCCGGCCGCCCCCGCCGUGAACCCGCGCCCCCUGCUGCGCCUCGCCCACGCAGGCCCACCCCUGAGGAAGAAGGAGGCCUCUGCUUUCGCUGCCUGUCGCCCCACCACCACGUCCGUGAAUGCACUGGCGAUGUUCGCUGCAGACUCUACUUCGUCUCCAGCCACGAGUCGCGUCACUGCGAGCUGA